AUGAAGCUGUUGGCUGUAUUUUCACUACUCAUAGAGGUCUUUAAUUUGAGAAUUCCAUAAUUUGAUUCUGGAAAUGCUGUGGGCGUUUCACAUUCUUAAGGUCAUAUUUUGGAAACCCAAACAUAUGUUCCAAGAUAGGUUGUAGUCUAUGUGCAAUUCUCAGUAGCUUUUGAAACAAUUCCUUAAGUUUUUAUUUCAUAAUCUAAAGUGGAUAGCUAUGAUGGAUCAAUUGGAUUUAAUUAAAGAGUUGGUUUAAUUACUCAAAAGGGGUUUCUAGUGCAUUCAAUCGCUUUAACUUCAUAAUCUCUAAUUUAGUUAUAUUUUUAUUGGAUUGCUAUGUGUGAUGAUGGUGUUUAAGUAAUUACUUUCGACACAUAUGAUGUCAAAUCAUUAAGAACUAUAACAGGCUAAAGGGAAGUUUUAUUUUAGAUAGAUCAUAACUUUUAAGAGGCUACUCGUGGUCUAAUAUCAUUAAAUGGUUUUCAUUUUUCUAACUAACUUAUCUAGUAAUUGAACUCAAGGUAAAUUUAUUGAAUUUUUCUUUUAGAUUGUAGAAAUUACCUCGUAAAAAAUAACAAUAUCUGGGGCAUCUUAUGCGCAAUCAUUAUUAGAUUAUAUAAGUUUUAGUGUUCUUCUUGGCACUGAUUUAUCAUUAUGGACUUCAUCUCUUUAUACUGUUAUAAAUCUUCCAGCAGAUUAUUUCCCAAAUAUUUAAAUUGACUUUCCAAGUGAUUAUUCUAGCUAUGAACUAAUUCCUCUUGUCACAUGGAGAGGCUAUAGUACAGACAAUAGAUAUAAUUUAAGAAUAUGGUUAAUGAAUGUUGCUUUGAAUACUAAAAUAACAUAUACAUUUUGGACAUGUAUAAAAUUUAUAUCAAUUUAGGGGGGAUUCAGUAGUUUAUGCUAUAUUCCAUUCGGCAGCUAUUUAUGUUUUUGAUGCUAAUCAUAAAAUAUUCGACGAAAAUUGUUUGGAGCUCUUCUCUCAAUGUGAUUUCUCAGGAGAAUCUAUAUUAGUUUGCGAAAAAAUUCCUAAUUUAUCAAUCAAGGGAUGGUCUAAACCUGUCAAAUCUCUAACUAUCCCAAAAUAGAAAACAAUAAAUCUGUUUACAAAAGAAAAUUAUUGA